CUACACUCUGAAGAAUGCUAGAUGAUUGAUGAAUAAUCUGCAAAACUGAAAAUAAAAGUAAUUAACCCAAAAGCACAACAGAGACUGAAAGACUGCCAUUUGGAAAAAGUCAUGGAACAAGAACCAGAUCCUGCUAUUCUAGAAGAUGCAAACAUUAAAGCUAUUAAAGAAGAGUUCAAGAAAGCCUUUAUCUUUGUCAAUAAAGGACUGAAUACAGAUGAAUUGGGUCAAAAGGAAGAAGCAAGGAACUACUAUAAGCAAGGACUUGACCACUUGCUUAGGGGAGUUAGCAUUCCAUCACAAGGUCCUGAAUGUACAGGAUCCCAGUGGGACUCUGCCAGACAAAUGCAGCAAAAGAUGCAAGAGACUUUACAAAAUGUUAGAACUCGACUGAAUAUUCUAGAACAAAAUACCCCUGCUAUGCAAACUAAUGCCAUCACAAUGAAUGUGCCUCUAGAGGUGCCCAAGUUAUACCCAGUGAUUCCCACUAAUGAAAAGCCAGAAAGGCCCCCUGCACCUUAUUCUCUGAUUCCACUAUCUGGGCCUCCUGCAGCAAAUGAAAAUGUUGCAACUACAAGCAAAGGGCAACUUCCAGCUAUGAGUCCUUCAUCUCCAAAAGCUCACUCUCUACCACAUGAAGCUCCUCCUGUGUAUACCCCUCAAGCUACUGAUGGACACUAUACUGUAUCUUACGGUACAGACUCUGGGGAGCUCUCCUCAGUUGGAGAGGACUUCUACACAAAAUGUACUCAGCCACCUCCCCUUGAAAGUCUAGGAGUAGAUGCAGAUGAAUUGAUCCUGAUUCCCCAAGGAGUACAGAUAUUCUUUGUGAGUCCUGAUGGGCAGGUUAGUGCUCCUUCAUAUCCUGGAUACCUGCGCAUUGUGAAGUUCUUGGACACUGAUGGUGCAAUGGCCCAGAAUCGUCCCCCUGCGUUUCUUCAGGUUUGUGAUUGGCUGUAUCCUCUUAUGUGCAACCAUUCUCCUGUUCUGUGCUGUAAUACUGGAGUCUACAUGUUCCCAGAUCUGAUGUCGCAGGUACCAGGAUCCCACGUGGGAGUAGUGCUAUCUUCAGAACUCCCAGCAGCUGACAGAGAGCUGUUUGAAGAUCUGUUAAAACAGAUGUCUGACCUCAGAGUCCAGGUGCCAAGAUCCCAUGAGGGAGUAGGAUUAUCUUCAGAACUUGCAGCAGCUGACAGAGAACAUUAUGAGGAUAUGUUAAAACAGAUGUCUGACCUCAAAGUCCAGCCUUUGGAAGCUUCAAGUGAUGUGAUUAACCUGGCCCAGACUGUACGCAUCCAACCAGAGCCUGAAGGAGGAGAGGGAGAAAGAGAGUUACCUGAGUGGAGUGAGAAAGUAGCCCAUGGAAUCUUGUCAGGAGCAUCCUGGUUGAGUUGGGGUUUGGUCAAGGGAGCAGAAUAUACUGGCAAAGCAAUCCACAAAGGAGCUUCCAAAUUGCGAGAACACAUUCAACCAGAAGAAAAACCUUUGGAAGUCAAUCCAACUGUAGCCAAGGGGCUUCAUGUAGCAAAACAAGCUACUGGAGGAGCUGUAAAAGUCAGCCGGUUUUUGGUUGAAGGGGUAUGUUCAAUAGCAAGCAGUAUUGGAAAAGAGUUAGCCCCACAUGUGAAGAAGCAUGGGAGCAAAUUUGUUCCUGAGUCGCUUAAGAAAGACAAAGAUGGAAAGUCCACUUUUGAUGGUGCCAUGGUUGUAGCAGCAAGUGGAGUUCAAGGGUUUUCAACAGUAUGGCAAGGUUUGGAAAGUGCAGCAAAAUGCAUUGCUACUAGUGUUUCAACCGAGACUGUUCAGACUGUCCAGCACAAGUAUGGGGAUGAUGCAGGCCAUGCUACAGACAACGCUAUGAAUUCUGCAAUCAAUGUUGGUGUGACAGCAUUUAACAUUGACAACAUUGGUAUCAAAGCUAUAGUGAAGAAAACUGCAAAACAGACUGGUUAUGCUGUGCUGGAUGAAUAUAAAGUACUAGAAAAGGAGAAAAAGAAUGGAAGAUAAAACAGUUAAUUUCCCAAAGCCUUACAGUAUGGAUGUAACUUACUAUUUUAAAGUAAUGGGGUAAUGCUAACCUAUAACGUAAGUAUUUAUUUUUAUAAUUGUCUUUAUGAAAACUAAUUCUUUACAUACUUGAGAAAACUGAAGGCAUAAAACUAGUCAUUUUCUCUGAGUUGAAAGUACCCUUCAUUCAGCACUUCUGCAUCAUGUAUCAGUCUGACCACUGGAAGGAUAUGGAUUUGGAAUUGCAUGUAGUACAGUCAGG